UUCAAGUUAAAUAGAUCUCAACUACCUUCGGUUGGGCAAUUUUUCAAAAAAUUUUACUCACAGCUGAUUAUUGAAGAGAACAGUUGACGAGUGAACGUUUUUAUGGUCUAUGUUAGUCUUUAUUUCAUGUUUUAUCAAAGAUUCAUUUAUGUGAAAGGAUAAAUUUUUACCCAUUAACGUCUAGACAAUGUUUAUGAUGGAAAGCGAUACAAUCUGGAAUUGAAAUUGUUUCAUUUUUGGCGUAAAUUGACGAGUCUAAAAAUUUUUUAAAGAUACACAGCCCUUUUUUGGAAGAGAAUGGAAGGACAAAAAGUUAACUAUAGCAGGAUGUUUUACACAGUCAAUGGAAAUCAUUAUUUUCGCCAUAAAACCCCGACAUUGUAUCAUUGGAAAGUAGAAACAGCUUAUUCCACGACGACACAAGUCCCUAAUAAAGGUGUCGUGAAAAAAUUGUUCAAUGAAAACAAGCCAAUUUUCUUUGGAAUUCUGGGUGUUGUUUUCAUCAUUCUACUUAUCAUACUAAUCCAAUGUCAUCGAAAGUACUGCAAGAAAGAUAACAAAACAGAGCAAAAAAAGGCGUCAAAUUAUACAUUAUCUUUUUCAAAAGAAGAACUUCAUUUACCUCAUUGGAAAAAGUCUCCAGUGCAGCCAAAGCGAAGAAAACAAAGAAAACCCAUGGAAAUUAGAGAACUUGGCCAAAUUUACUUUACAUUAAAGUACGAUUGUUUGAGAUCACGACUCAACGUGAAUAUUCUAAGAGGAGAAGAUUUUCCAUUACUAUCUUCAAGAUUUUGCAUCAGUUGGCGAAAUGUUGGUUGGUUUACGUUGGAUAAAAGACAAAGAAAGACUUGAUGUCACAAUACAAGAGGCGUCAUCCUUGAGAAUUAUGGAUGAACAUCGACAAACUUCCAAUCCAUAUGUGAAAAUUGAAGUAUACAUCAAGUGUUUCUUGGUCUUUAAAAAGCGAACUAAAGUGGAAAAGAGGACGCUUUCUCCAAAAUUUAGAAAAACAUUUAGCAUACAAGUACCUGGUGAUAGUCUCGCUCGUGAUACUAAACUCAUUUUGACAGUGAAACACGUGGCCAAACUUAGAAAAAAGCAUAUAAUAGGUCAUUUAUAUUUCGGUACGGAGGCAAAAUCUAGUGCGCUCGAGCACUGGGACAUGAUUCACAAUAGGAAUGAUUAUGUGGAAAUGUGGCACGAUCUUGAACCACCAAACUGUAAAUUACCUGCAUCAUCAAAAGUGAACUAUCUAUUAUUUGAAGACAACAACAGCGAUGAUGAUUGUCUAAGUUCAGUGGAAUAUUCUGAUCAUUCUUACUAUCACUCAGACUCGGUUUUGUUAGGUCACAGUCCAUCAUAUUAAAUAGAAAUUGCAUCAACACAUAUUCAUUACCGCAAAUUGAAUUAUCUUGAUUUGAGCUUGAAAAUAGUUUCUACGAUUUAUAAGUAGGUAUAGGUCGUGAAGUAUAGAUGUCUUAAACAUCAAUUGACAUUUUGACAUUAGAAAACUGAUUUCAUUGUGAAACAACAAUUGGUAUAUAGGAACAUCAGAACAUGAUUUAUAACAUUUAUAAGAUAUUGCCACGUAAUAAACUUCGCUUGAAG